AUGUCAGGUUUCUGGGAUAAUAAUAAGGAUUCGAUUAAGUCCGGUUUAGUGUCUGCCGGGAAAUAUAGUUAUCAGGGGACUAAAUAUGUAGCCAAGACAGGUUAUUCAGCUGGUAAGAAACAUUAUAAUGAAAGUAAAGACAAGAGAGAAGGUAAAAAUGGUAAAAAAAAGAAAAAGAAGAGCAAGAAAAAUAAAAACGGAGAUGAUUCUGAAUCUGAAUACUCAGAUUCUGAUGAUUAUCAAAGACCAUCAAGAAGUUUAGAAAGUUUCCAAGAUCCUACAAAUUUUCCUCCUCCACCUUUAAAAGCUGGACAGACACAAUAUGCAAGUGGUGGUCAAAUUGUUACUGGUGAUGGAUCUUCUCCAGCAGUAUAUAUGCCAAAUCAACAAACUCCGCAGGGAUAUCAACAACAACCGGUACAGCUACAAGGAUAUCAACCACCAUCUCUACAACAACAGCAAGGAUAUCAGCAGCCUACUGAACGCCAAGCAAUGCCUCCACCUACAAUGCAGCAACAACAGGGAUACCAACAGCAGCAACCUAUGCAACCACAAGGAUACCAACAGCAGCAACCUAUGCAACCACAAGGAUAUCAACAGCAGCAACCUGUGCAACCACAAGGAUAUCAGCAACAACCUGUGCAACCACAAGGAUACCAACAACAGGCACCACUACAGCAACAGACCCCGCUUCCGCAACAAUUAUCUACUCCUCAAGCUAUGCCCCAGGUACAACAGUUGCCACCAAGACAACAACCUGCAUUACCAGUAACUGCUCGCCCCGGUGAUUAUUCAAGACAGGCAAUGUCUCUUCCAGCUACAGGAGCAACUACACCCCAACCUGGAUAUAUCGCACCAAGUGAAAAUAAUAGUUCAAUGAAUAGUAUCCCAAAACCAUCCACUAUACCAGCAACAAUAAACUCAGAUCAACAAAGUGAAGAAGACUCUGAGGAAUUUACACCAGGUCCACACUAUGAAGUUACACCCUUUGAUCAGGCUGCAUAUGAAGAGAAUAAAGAAAAAAAUAAACUUGAGAUUAAACAAUGCGAUGUUAGUUCUUUUGCUCCACCACCUUCUCAUAGAGAUAGAGGUGCAAAUAUGAGACCUAAAAGAACCUUGAAUAAUAACAGUUCAACUAGUUCUUUACCAUCUAGCAAUAAAAGCAUAUCACAAAUGAAAAAAACAGUUAAUACUACCAAUGUUGCUGGAAGUACGCAGAGCCUAGAUGAGAAUAGCCUAGAAGAAAGUGCCGACGAAGCAUCUAUGUCAAGUGUGGGGCCAUCAGAAACUAAAUCUGAAGAACCUCCAAAAGCUGCCGUAUUAGGUGCAUACCAAGAACCGACAACAAGUUUUGCUCCACCUCCAAAACCAAGAGGUGUCCCUGUACCCGCUAGAACCACACAACCAAGUCCAUCAACAUCUAUACCAAAUAUUUCCCGUAGUAAACCGGCUACCUUACCGGAAAGACCACCUUUACAACCAAGAUCUACAACCUCAUCCUUGAAUGCAUCUACAACACAGAUAAGUCAAACAACACCAUCUCAUAAUAAAAACGAACCAGAAGUGCCACAAGCUCCUAUAUUAGGUACAUACGUUGAAAAACCUGUGGGAUUUGCACCUCCGCCUAAACCAUUUAGACAUAUCGAAUCUGCAAAUAACAGUGUUCGAAACACUACUGGUCAGGUUAUAUCUUCGGGUUCCCCAACAGCAUCUAAUACGCCUCCACCACCACCCCGGGCACUCCCAACAAGUAAUAGUCCUCCUGUAACAAAAAGUGCACCUGAAACAAAUACUAAGCCUUCAAUAGCUCCUCCAACCAAUAAUGGUAUGAAGGAUCCUUCGACAUUUUUACCUCCUCCAAGACCUUUCAGGCACACAGAUCCAGCUCCUGAAAGGAGUCCAAGUAUUAGUGAUAGUGAAAGUCGCCCAUUAGUAUCUAAGAAGAAAGUACCACCGCCAGUCAAGCCAAAAAAGCCAAAUAUGCUAAGUACUAGUAAUAAUCUCAACAACGGAUCAACUUCAUCCUUAAACUCAACUGGGCACACUCUUGAGAAACGUUCUACAACCUCAAGUAUCGGUAAGAAGAAUCCACCACCAGUGGUUAAACCGAAACCCAAGAAUUUAUCUCGAAGCAAUACAACACCUAUGAAUGAGAUCACCAAUGAAUUAAACUCAAUUCAUUUGAGACACGCUCAUCCGGGUCCACCAGUACCAAGUAGUAGACACCAUGUGGAAAAUACUGGUUCAGCUUCAUAUGGAAAUAACGAUGAAUCAAAUCCUUUCGCAAUAUAUAAGAAGGAUGCUGUUCCAUUAGAUGAGGAUAGAAUCCAUAACAGAAGAUGA